CAUCUGGAUUUUAAGUUCCUAUCUAAUGCGAUACUCACUUUUAUGAUAUAAUAUCUGUGUGUUUAUGUUAUAAAAGAUUUACAUUAUAGGAUUUAUAUUUGGUUGAGUCAAUAUUAUUAAUAUCCAAUUUAUAUAAAUAUACAAACCUCAUUUGCGUAUGUACUUAUAUUUGUAGGCUCUUUGUUUCUACUACAUACUUGAGACGUCCAAUUAUGUAUUAUUUCGGCCCUAAUAAUAAAUUCAAUGCUUUAUUUCUAUUACAUUUAUCGUUAUUAGGUUAGUGUUUACUUCUUUUGAUGUUUAUCAGUGAGACAUUUCAGUUUUCGUGCCACAAUAAUGGCGGCAGUGAAUUAACCUAUCUACUGAUUUUAACCUUUUUUACCAGUAUUCUUGCGUUUUAUAUGCUUUAUUUUGUAUUAAUCCUUUAUACAUUCUCGCAGGGCAUGAAAUAAAUCGAGUUUCAUCACUUUUUGGACAAUGACCUCGACUGUCACAUUAUCCUAUUUGUAGACUAAAAAUAUUUGAGCGAGAAAAUUACGAUGUGCAUCGCGUGUUGUCGUGUGAACUGUGAAGAUUUGUGGGUAAAGAGUCAAUUUUCGAUUGCAGUCACAUGAAAUAAGGUCGGAGGCCGCAGUGGUCUCCUCGGCGUCAUCUCGGGCUUGACCCAAGAUGAUAAUAUUUACAGCAUGUCAGCUUCUCCAGACUUUGAUCCUGCUGCCCGGCAAGAUUACCGGCCGGCCACCUCCAGUGAAAAUGUGUAUGAACGUGUUAUGGAACAUAAAUUAGCAGAUAAUAUGAGUGUACCAAGCAUUAGAACUCCAGUUUUAAGGGCUCUGCCCCUUUCCCCCACCAAUGGUGACCCUGAACCUGAUUCUACUCACCCUGAAAGUAUUAUCCAGUCCGCAUGCAGUAAUAUUGAUAAAGAAGUAGAGUACCACAUUACUGACAAGAGGCGGGACACAGAGAUGUCUGUAGAUGCACUAUCUGGACUUGUAAGGAUUGAGGAAGGUCUUGAUAAUGUAGGACGCAUCACUUACCCUAUUAUUCAAGAAGGAGAUGACUCUGGGGAUGGCAACUAUGAAAACGCAAGUGCCACUCUUAUCCAGGCUCCACUGAACACUGCAAUUGUUCAGAAUGUCGCUAAACUGCCACAGAACUUCACCAUAAAUGUAGAUGCCACUGUAAGCAACAUUACAGCUAUUCAAAAUGUAUCACAAGAUGUGGGCAACCAGACUCUAUGGCUGCCCACUAUUCUUACGAGUGCUGCUCCUACCGACAGCAAAAUUGAAGAAGAUAGAUCACAAUCUGGUCUAUCACAGAUCAUUAUAACCAGUGAAAGCUAUGUCAAUGAUACAAAUCAAUUGGGAAGACGGACAAAUAUAGUAACGGAAACUAGCUAUGCGAGCCGACCCAAAUCAUCAAAAGUGCAAAUUUUGAGCAACAUAUCCAUCCCAAAGAACACAAGUUAUUCAUCACAGUAUAUAACACAGAGCAAAGAUCUCCCCUCACCAGUGUACGGCACACAGAACCAUGUGUACAAGCUGAGCACUAACGUGAUGUCACAAAAGCAUUUAAAUAAUUCAGUACUAUGCUCUAAGCCUCCAAAGAGUCAGUCUCUAAUUGGCUGCUCUACGUUGUCACCUCAAGUAAUCAGCAGCCCUAUCAAAAACGUUUCUUAUAGUCACACUUUUACAAAAAGCUCGAAUUUGAAAUCUCUGGGCAAAGUGAACAAUGGUGCUAACUUAAACGCCGUGGUCGCGGCUUCCUCCGGCAACACGCAGUGCCAUAUACUAUCGCGGGUCGUCUCAGGCCCUAAUAAGAUGUCCGUUCACUCGGGCAGAAAAUCUGUGAAUACUUUGAAACAGGCAAAAAAUUCCGGACAGCUCUCGGGACAGAAGAAUCAAUCGAGAGCUAUCAAGAUAAUACAGCAGGCAGGCACCGCACAUAAAUCUGAGCCAAAGGCUUGGCCUGUCGCUAGUGUGGCUACAUACAAGAACCAGCAGCCGAUAUAUGGUGUAGUCGACUCGAACACAUCUAAGAUCAUACAGAAAGUGGGUAGUCCGACACAUAAGAGUCAUCAUCAGAUUCAAAAGUUACCUUCUAAAGGGGAGAGGUUGGUUCUCCAAUCGCCUUGUGGGCCCGUGCUUAUAUCCACAGCGCCUAUAAGCACAAGUAUGCCACGCGGGCCUCACUACGUGCAGUCUGGUGCCACGCCCAACUUAAGAUACGUACAGACCUACACUCCGACGGACAAUCAGCUAUCUACCGUAUCUCAAGUGUCUGCUAACCAGCAGCUGACUGCACAGAUAUUGCAAUCGCUAGCGCAGCCCAAGCUGAUGCUGCAUCCCGGUGCGAAUACUCCACUGAUCCCGGCUCCUCAACCCGUGGAGGAACCUAUGGAGCCAAAACCGAUUAAUCAAAGGAGGAUCGUGUUCGGGGACAAGUCGACACGUUUGACAGCGGACGAUAUAAUAGGCAGCGAGGAGCGCCCGAAUCUAUCGGAGGAACUACAGCGGUACACCUUCCACGACCUGGCGCUCGUGAUGCUGGACCACACGUACGCGCAGCCCGGCCAGAAGCAGCCCGCGCCGCCGCCCGCCCCCGCGCCCGUCUAUGCGGCCCCGCUUCCGCUCCCGCUGCCGCCCGUCGCGUCGCCUCCUCCCGUGCCCACGCCGCCCAGCCCGUUGAAGAGGCACUCGCCGGUCAUAAUGUCGACCGCGCCGUACGAACCGCCGGCACCCCUGACAGUACCCAUUCCCGCCGCUCCACCGCUGCCUCUGAGUGCUUUAACUUACAAGCCACCGGCGAUUCAAGAUGACGACACCGCCUCCGUCAUCUCGUCGAUCGACGGCGACCGGCGCCCCGCCGCCGGCGGCAGCGACACCGAAACCGCCCCCGAGGGCGAGGAGGAAGGAAAAACUCGAUGCGUCUGCGAGUUCACGCACGACGACGGAUACAUGAUCUGCUGCGACCGCUGCGGCGAGUGGCAGCACGUGGACUGCAUGGGCAUCGACCGGAACGACAUCCCCGACGCCUACAUGUGCGAGCUGUGCCAACCUCGAGCCGUCGACCGAAGGCACGCGCGAGCGAUCCAGCUACGCAAGCGGGAGGAACUUAGCGCGCUCGGCGCCUCCGACACGGACUCUUCAGAGAGUACCAGGCUGCCCGGAGCGCGUCGCAAGCGACUCCUCACUGUCACCACUUACACUGACACUAGCGGGUCUUGUGUCACCACGUAUAAUUCGGCCGCCCCGGCCGUGCCGACCUUACCGCCGCUACCCCCGAUCCCGCAGCCGACCCUCACUCUACCCAAACGCGGCCCCAAGCGCCCUAAGAAGACCGAAGUUGUCAGAAAAGGCACCAAGAGGAAACUCGCAGAAAAGAGAGUCAAACGCAAGAAGGAGAUGAUCAUGAACCGAACCAAGUACGCCUCGACCGUGUCCGGCCAAUCCCAUUGGGGAGAAUCAUUUGAGCAGGCGAUGACUAACCAUUACAGCCCCGAACUGAGGGCGAAAAUAAUGAAAUACAGCAGUAAACUAGGCAACACGCCGAACAUGUCCUCCGCUAUCACGGCGCAUUUGUGUACCACUGUGCCGCACGCGGGCGGAAAAAUCCUUAUUGCGACAAAAGACUUGAAAGAAAACACGCCAGUCAUAGAGCUUAGAGGGAAAUAUAUGCUCUCGAACCAGCACAGGCCGCAGCUGCAAAAUUCAGCGCGUGCGGGCAGCCAGAAACCUGGGCCUUUCGUCUUCUUCUAUAGACUGCCUAAGGAUAACACGCAGAUCUGUAUCGACACAAGAACGUAUGGCAACGAAGCCAGGUUUGUUAGGAGAUCUUGCAAACCCAACGCGGAACUCCAACACUGCAUCAUCAAAGGCGCGUUACACGUCUACUUAUACACUAUUGGGUCGAUCCCGUCGAAUACAGAAAUAACAGUCGGACACGACACUAACGGCAGCAAACAGCCGUGCGCCUGCGGGAACCCUAAACACUGCAAAAUCAACGGUUUAAGUUCCUCACUAGUUACGAGGAAAAGCAUCGAUUACCCACCAAGAGAAAAAAGGAGCAGGAAUAGAUGUUCCAGCUCAUCUUCCCCUGCGUCGCCACCGCUGGCACCCGUCCUAGCUUCCCCGGCUAAAGAAUACCCUUGCCCAGUAACACCCAUCAAAAUAGAAAAGAAAUCGCCAAUCAAAUACGAAUACUCACCAAUGUCUCCCGUUAAAAGCGCCAUCAUGGCCCUCAACUUUGACCAGCCAAUGAAAACAGAGAUCCCAGAAGAUAUAAAACCAGAAAUGGAUUUAACGGCCAAAGAGGAGAUGAAACCCGAAAUAGACGAGCCAGAUUACGUGAAAAUGGAGACGGAGGAAGAGAAACCGGCUGAACCGGUCCCAGAACCUGAGCCUCAACCUGAACCGGAACCGAUUAAGGUAGAACCGGAACCGAUCAUAGAGGAAGUGAAACCUCAAAAAGAAGAAGCUAAGGCGGAACCUGAACCUGAAAAAGAAAAACCCGUAAAACAAGAGGAAGUUAAAGAGGAAAUAAAAGAUGAGCCUAAAGAAGUAAAACAAGAUACUCCAAAGAAAGAGUCUCCUAAAGUGGAAGAAAGGGAGCGUAGGACAAGGCGAGAUGGACUCGACGAUGAGAGACCGGCUACAAGGGAAUAUACAGCCAAGUCGGCGUGCCACGACCGCUCGUCCAGGUCUAGUAGGAACACUUGUACCAACCAGGACUCUUUGGAUGAUAAAACUGAUGAUUCGCAGGACAAACUGCCGACAAACAAAGAUAAAGAUAAGAAGAAAAUGACUCGUGAGGAGCGUAAAAUGGAAGCCAUAAUGAAAGCGUUCGAACGCAUGGAGAAAGCGGAACAACGUAAACAGGAGGUGAAAGAAAGGCAAAAACGGAGGGAAUCAGAUCCUCACCCAAACACGGUGGACAAGGAUGAGGAUGAUGACUUCCAGUGCAGCUCUAAAAAGAGGAAGAAACGCAAAGGCCGAGCCCGCACCACUUCCCAAUCCAACCGUCGGCGCCUGAACUCUGCCGACAGCGACCUGGUGACGUCAGGCGACGAGCCGCGCACGCCGCCGCGCCGCGACAGCGCGCCGCACAACAGCGACGCCGACAGGAACAACGGUGGGAUCAACGAGGAUCUCGGCCUAAGCUCAGCAUGUUUACUAGUAGAAGCAGCCGUUGGUUCUGUGGAAUCCGCCUUUAAACUGCCUAAGACUAAGAAAACUAUGGCCACGGAAUGGAUCGGCCGCUCGCCCGAGCGGACUCCGUCGCCCUACAGAUCCCCAUACAGACCGCCUUUGAUGUCCGCCACAUCUCUAGAGAGCCUCGUGAGAGUUGCCUCCACGAUGAUUGGCGAUUUAAGCGGCGCCCCAGACUUCCACGAGGAAGAUGCGGCAUCCCCACCCAGAACCCCCGGCCGGGAUCGAAGCAGACCCCCAAAGAAGGCUAGGAGGAUUACUCGGAGCACCCCUCCGACUGAAGUCGUGGAAACGACGCCUACUGUGAUACCCCAGCAUAGUGCUAAGAAACGGUGGCUGAGACAGGCCAUUAGUGAAGAGAGCGACUCUCCUAAUGCGGAUGCGUUUGUUGCAGAAUCUCCACCCAGCGAAAUAGUGACGCCAUUGAAAAAGCGACGGUUAGCGAGAGAAUCGCUAUCCUGCGAACCUAAUAAUAUUGUGCCUUGUCACGACGAAACGUCACCCAAUUUAACUUCGGAGGAUUCUCCGGUGAAGGAGGACGGCGGGCUGGUCCGGCAGUACGACGUGCGCGGGAUCAUGGAGGCCGUGUACGGCCGCGACCGCACGCGCUCCGACAGCGGCCAGGGCUCCGACGAUCAGUGCCACCCCGACCAUGACGUGCUCAACGUCAACAUGGCCGCCACCGACACCGAGCACAUCCGCCGCAUCAUCGGCGUCACCCCCGAGGACGAGCCGCCCCCGCCCGCCUUCACCACCAACACCAACAACAACAACGUCGACCCCGACGACCCCAAGGUCGUCCCCAUGGACAUCGACACCACCGUCACCACCCAACCGAAAUUAGAGAGCAGCGAACCCGUCAACUGCGACAUCAAAGGGGACCUGCUCAAUGAUAAACAGAACAGCUCCCGAUCCGCAGACACGAGCGGCAACUCGUCCCCGCAGCGCGACGAGAUGGAUGACAUACAGAAGAAGAUACACUCCUUCCACACCGAGAACAUUCUCAUCCUCAAGAGCAGGAACAAGAAACCUCCGAAAGAAAAGCGAAAGAAGGUCAAUCUGAACUUCGAUCUCAACAUGGUGGACGACCAAAUCAGUAUUCAGUUGCGCACAGAGAAAGAAAGUUCGAAAUCGCCGGAGAUUAACGGUGAUAUUCACGACGAUAUCAGCAAUUCGGCGUUACCGGCGCCCGAAAACAUACCUUUGCCUGACGAUCCGGCCCCGAUCCCUCCUCUAGAAGCGAUACCGUUACCGGAGGAGCCGAUGCGACCUCUAAAGAAGCAAUAUACCGGAAACAUGAACUCUAUGGUGAUUAAUGGAGUUAUGCACGACUCGUACACGAUCGGGGACUCGAUGGCUCUGCCGGCGCCCGAGAACAUCCCCCUGCCGGAAGACCAGGGCCCUGUGAUACCGCCGCUGGAGACGAUCCCUCUGCCCGAGGAGCCGCGGCGGCCGCUCAAGGCCCGGGUCAAGCAGAUGAUGGAGAAAGAGGCGUUAUCCAACGAUACAGACUCAAAGUCGUCCGAAGUCAACGGCGAGAUGCACUCCGAAGUGGAGUCGAUACCUCUGCCGGACGAUAUCCCCUCACUAGAGGCUAUCCCUCUGCCGGAGGAACCGGGGCGAGGGUCCGCCUCCCCCGCUAGCAAACCUGAAGAGAAAUCCUUCCCCGGGAAAGAUAAACCCUCAGUUCUGGAGAGCCCGCUCCCUUUCUCGUCGAGGUUCAGCUCGGCCGGCCUGUUCUCGGGGAUCUUCAGCAACUUCUCGCAACCCUACGACGGGCCGGCGGCCGCGGACCCGGUGCCGUCGAUAAUAAAAAGUGCAAUAGAUAGGACUACAAGUUUAGACAAUAGUAUAUUCGACAAAGAUAUUACGGGUGUGGACGAACUGAAGAGCGUGCAGGAGAUACUGACUCGCGUGAGCAAUAUGGACUCGAAUAACAGUGUGCUGCUGUCGGGGGUGCUUCAGGGCUCCGGCUCGGGCUCGGGCGCGCCGCACGGGCUGCCGGGCCCGGCCAAGGCCUUCGGCGCGCGCGCCGCCGACCCGCGCCUCAACCCGCCGCCGCAGGACAAACCCAAACCGGUCAGAAGGAAGCUUUCUAUCAGCGAGUACCGCAAGCGGCACCGCGGGCCCCUCAACGAGGAGCCGCACGCGUCGGGCGAGGCGGCCGGGCCGGAGUGGUCGUCCGAGUCGUCCGGCGCCGGCUCGCUGUCGCCGCAGCGGCUCGACGCGGCCGCCGCCGCCGCCGCCGACGACCUGGAGCAGAGGCUGCAUCGGGAGCUCGCUAAUGCGCAUUUGCCUAAAGUCGCACCUUCGGACAGCGGAGCGCUUACAGGAGUGUUCGACGCACAGCCGACUGCGUCCGAGCGGCAGCGGGAGAACCUCAGCUCGCGGUUGCGGCGCGAGUUCGGCCUCGCGCUGCCAGAGGACGAGCGGCACGAGCCCCCAGCAGAGGGCGCGGCAGUCGUCCCUGCGCGGCGCUGCGACAGAUAGACCCGUAAGACAUAUUUUUGUAAAUCUCACGGCGCAGGGCGCCGCUGUAUAGCUAAGUUAACGUACGUUUUGUAACGCGGGAGCGCCCGAGCGCUCAAACUGUAUAUUUCCGUUUCACUUCAGUGUUUUUUUCACGGUUUUUCUGCAAGUACAAAUUGUUUUUAUUUCCCUCUGUAAAUAUUGUACAUAGGAGAUGAAUUAAGAUAGGAUGUAGUGGUACAUAUGUAUAAUGGUAUAUUUUUUUUAUGUAUGUAUAACGUUUAUGUAUGUCGGAUAUAUUUAUUUAAUAGAAGGACCGUCUAUAGAAGGAUUGCUAGGAUUUUUGUACGCAUAAUGUUUAAGUAAAUUAUAGUUGUUUUUA